AAAAAGAAGUACUUUUAAGUACAACUCAAUUGAUUGAUCAAUCUAAAAAGUUAGUAGUAUAAUUUUCUUGGUAGGCGCAGAGUAUAAUAAUCACAAGCAUUUUGGGAAUCUCUGAUUCUCUGGACUGUUAACGUAUGUUUUGCAUUUUAACUCUACCAAGUCUCGAAGGUGAGAGUUGUGGGGAUUUUCGAGAUUAGGGUGCAAUCAUUUUAAAAAAAGAAGUACCCACCCAAUUUCAAGACAAUUUCUUAUGGUUCUUCAUCAUUUCUGUGUCUAGUGGAAUUCGUAGGUAUAGGAAGAAACCCUGGCUCUUUCGAUCAUAUUUCAAUUGUUAAUACGAGAUAUAUAAGUACUGCUGUUACGAAGAGUAUUACUCCCUUGUUUGUAAAAAGAUGGAUUGCUGGUUGAACCUUGGAAAUAUGUGCAGGUACUUUGACUGUUUGACAACUUUGAAGAGCUAAAGUGGUACAGCUAUUAAUGUGGUUUAUUUUAAACAAUAAUGAGAUGUGACCAGAAACGGUCAGUCCUAGUAAUAGAAACAGUGGUGUCAUUAAAGGAUCAGAGUUGUACAAACUACCUGGGAAAUUUCUGGGAUACUACGUUGGUGAACUGGAGUUUAUUAGACUUACUAUAUGUAGCUAAUAUUUAAACCUUUGUGCCCUUGUUAUGUUUCUUGUUUGGUGAAAUAGGUGAAUAUGUGAAAUUUACUUGCUUAAUAUGGCAUCUGUCUAUGUGCAGAGCAUAUUUGCUUUCUGAGUAACAGUUUUAAUAAGAGUUAUGAAGAGAUAUUUCCUCUCUAACCCUUUAAAAGUUGUGAUUUGAUAUCUUUCUUUAUAGCUUAUAUAUGCAAUUAACAUUCCACCUAAAAUAAGUAGAAGUGAGAAAAAGAAGGAAAUCCUAGAUUGUAAAAGAAUAUGAAAAGGCAUCAAAUAUAUCAGAUUCCAUUAUUUCCUCACAGGUAUGCAUUAACAGAUAGCAGUUUGCACAUAUUUUCACCAUUUAAAGAUUGUUUCACAUAAAUGGUAAGGCCUUCCAUGUACUCAUGAAUCCUAUACUCUGUUCUUCAUCAGAUAGAUGGAAUAAUAACUUCUGGAUUGGUAUACCUUCACAAAGAAUAGUUUGCACAGGUUUUCACUAUUGAAAGAUCAAAUCACAUAAACAUGAACCAUUGAAUCCUGUACUCAAUUCUUCGCGAGAUAGAUGGAAGGGCAUCAAUAUAUCAGCACUUGAUGCCCCUGUCAUAGCUUUGCUCAGGACAGCCUCUUGGCACAUCACCUUUCAAGAAUGACUUCUAGGGAGCAUUAGAUGUCUUCCAGAACAAAUUUGAUGUGUUAGAUAGCCCUCUUCUUCAUUCAGCACUCUUAUGAUCCAAUGGGAAGAAUAAGAAGCUGGUUAAAUUAUGUGAAACAACUAUUUAUUCCUGCAAGAAAACCAAAAGCAGAAAUUUCCCUUGUUCAGAAAACAUUACAUGACACAACAGAGGAGCAGAGAAAACAUGCUUUGACUGUAGCUCUAGCUACAGCAGCUGCAGCCGAGGCUGCAGUGGCUUCUGCCAAAUUUGCAGCCACAGUUUUCCGGGAAGCAAAUGCUCGACAUGAAAUUCUAGAGAUAAAAAACUCUGCAGCUAUCAAAAUCCAAAGUGCUUAUCGUGCUUACCUUGCUAGGAAAGCCUUAAGUGCACUGAAGGGACUAGUGAAGAUUCAAGCAAUGAUUCGAGGUGAAAUUGCAAGACGCAGAUUAAUAGCCAUAUUGAAAUGCAUGAUUCCCUUUCCAAAUUCACUGUUACACAUUCAGCUGUUGAGAGCUCCCAUUCUGGAUGAUAGUCGUUAUGAAAAUCAAAAGAAACUGCUCAUGAGCCAAAAUGACAUCACGAGAUCUCGUGAACUGAAGCAACUCCGGUUUCAUGUCCAUGGCACAAGGGAUUUCAAUGUGGAUUCAAACAAAGAUGUCGAAAAUUUGUGGCCGAGAAAGCAAGAGGCGAUUGUCAGAAGAAAGCGGAUUAAGAAAUACUACUCGUCAUCUCCUAGGGGGAGGAGAAAUGGUGAGAUUCUGCUAGAACCUCUAGCCAUCAAGGAAGACCAAGGGGGCUGCAGAUUUAAUCAAUGGACAGAAUCUAACUUGCUGUCAAAGAUUGCAGUGUCCAAUAGUCCUCGAGGUGGCAUGAAUCAGAUGAAACAAGUCCAUGGAAGACAUGCCCGUAACCAAGACCUUAUAGACGAACCAACUUCCACACCACCAAGGAGAUUAUUAUCUCCUAUAAGACAGAAAAUUUGUUAUGAUAGCUCUCCAGUGCAUUCUCCUACCUUCCCAAAUUACAUGACUGAUACAGAAUCUGAAAGAGCAAGGGUGAGGGCAAGGGCAAGGUCAAGGAGCACCCCAAGGCAACAGUCGAGGUUCUAUGAUGAUUAUCCUGCCAAACAUUCUCCUUACAGUGCAAGAUGUUCAAGGAGUCUGUACACUGAUGAAAUGUCUGCCAGAGAUGGAAAUACUAGAAUUACCGAUAUAGUAUCCAUGGAUGUACAAGGAUUUUACUGCUAUUGAACAACUUUUACACGUCUCCCAUCAUUUGGCAGGGUGAUUCUGGAUUCAUGGUUGCCCUUAAGAAGUUGCAGAUCAAAGUUGGGGACUUACAGGUAACUCUAUCAAGGCAAUGCAGAAUCCUCUACUGUCAAAUCAUUUUUUACAAAUUUCACUGUUGCAUUCAGAAAGUUUUUACUUUUUACCCCUUGUGUGUUUACAUGCACUGUUUUGUAGGAUUUGAGUUUUUUUGUUGGAAUGAGAGUUACUUUUGUUCUUGAUUUUCAA